AUGGUUCAUUUUGCUAAUUGGUUAUGUUUUCACAGGAAGAUGUUUAUUGGUGGACUGAACUGGGAGACUACCGAUCAAUCACUCAAGGAAUACUUCUCCCAGUUUGGUGAAGUUCUGGAGUGCACCGUUAUGAGAGAUGGCGCUUCUGGUAGAUCAAGAGGCUUCGGCUUCCUGACUUUCAAGGAUGCCAGAACAGUCAACAUCGUCAUGGUGAAGGAACACUGGCUAGAUGGCAAAAUUAUCGACCCCAAGCGGGCCAUUCCACGAGACGAGCAAGAGCGCACUAGCAAGAUCUUUGUCGGCGGCGUCAGUCAAGAGGCCACAGAGCAAGAUUUUAAGGAGUACUUCAUGCAGUUUGGUCGAGUCGUUGAUGCCACUCUCAUGAUGGAUAAAGACACUGGCAGACCACGAGGCUUCGGAUUCGUCACAUUCGACAGCGAGGCGGCAGUCGAUGCUUGCUUGCAGCAGCCGCUCGAGAUUCUCGGCAAGCCAAUCGAAGUCAAGAAGGCCCAGCCAAGA